AUGGACAAAGAAUACAUGCUUUGGAACCAUACAUGCACCCCACAUAUACCCAUACCAACACAUGGUCACUGGAAUGUCCAACUUUUCCCAACUGAAACUCGCACCCAAAAACAACUUCGACUAGCUUGUCAGACACGGACCAAAUUAGAAACAGCACCAACGUUGAGAAGAAACUUGAAUCACACAAAUGAUGAAGACAAUGCAACCGAGGAACCCAGUCAUCCUGAAACAGGAACAGAAGAAUACAACCGCUUGGGUUUUAAUGAAGGACCAUCGAUCUGGGAGGAUACGGAAGAGAUACUAAACGAAGAAGACAAAGCUUCUCGCGCUCGCCUGAGGUCUCUUCACCAAGAAAUGAUUGAACAGCAACGCCAUCGAAAUUGGCAGGACGUCAUGGCCUGCUUAUUCCCCGCUUACCUUCACUUCAAGAAGCUGACCACAAACUGGACAGUUCCAAAUCCAUUUCUCAAUCAAUCGGACGAAGUAUGCCGCUGUCCCGCUGAACGUUUCAAGGAGCGGGAGGUGGACUUAAUUGAUUUGAUGGGUCAAAGUCGAACCAAGGUCGCUUUCUGUCCCUGCACCCCGGAUGCUGUUCAUCUACUUGCAAACGGUUAUCUUGCAAGCACACCUGUUUUCCCACAGACCGCCUUCUCUGUCCGAUUACUCAACUUCUACGAUCUCCUAUGGAACAUUUGCAACGCUCAUACUACGCCGUUCGCCAAAGUCUUACAACGAUGGAAUGAAUCACUUUCAAUGAGGCUGCAUGCCAAAAAUUCCACAAGGCCUCGAGAUAUUCGACGAAAUCUAGUGGCCGCAAUCGAUGCAUACCGCACUUUGAAGAGCAUGGAACGCAAGCUCAUUCAAAACAUAACCUCGACAAACCAGCAAGAUGUCCUUGCUCAACAAUCCUGCCCAGCCUGCUUUGGCGUCUCGGUUCCCGAAAGCAAUCCAACUGAAUCUACAGCCGACUCAGCUGAUGAUCAUCAAGUCUUCAUUUGCCUCGACGGCAACUUUCAGCAUCGUCAUCACAAGCGAGCAUCAAAGAACUACAUAGGAAUCAAAAGCCAGACGCUCUUUGUGCCAUCGAACGAGAUCGAGGUAUCAAAUAGUGAGAUUCGUGAAGCGGAGAUUUCCAAGCGGGUGUCAAAGAAAGCGAAGGACCGUUGUGCGCAGCAGCAUAAAGCUGCUGACGACCGCCGAAACGCGAGUUCUUGGAAAGGCUGUGACGACACCGGGCUCUUUGGCUGCUGCUGUCGCCACGACUCAGUCAUCGCAUUCUGUAACAUCCACAAGACAGGUGAAGGGCGAGGUCUCCCGAUGUCAAUAAUUAAAUCCUUUCUCAGCUCAAUUAAUCCUAACAUCAAAGUCGGGGUUCUAUAUGACAUCGGAUGUACCCUCAAGAAGUUUUUCCAAGCUCGUGGUUUGCUGACCGAUCAACUCCCAAGAAUGAAGUUUGCGACUGCAGUUUUCCACUCAUACGUGCACGAUUGGCCAUGUCAGAUACAGUUCAACCCAAGGUACAACAUCGGAUGGGGCUUAACUGAUGGGGAAGGCUUAGAGCGCUUGUGGUCUUAUCUGUCCCCCCUCGUCAGUCCCCUAAGGUAUGCAACCAGGAACCAUCGGAUCAGUGCAAUCAAUCAUCGCAGUCUAUUCCAUAACGUGCUUUCAAGAGAGAAUAUCGCGGAAAUUUAUCCAUGCAGUCACAACAAAGAAGCCAUUCUUCACAAAAUGCUACAGGAUCGAAACCCUCACAAGCCAGGCCAAAACUAUACAGUAGAUUUCUUUCGAGCCCAAUGGCAAAAACAACGCAAGUUUGAGAUUGAUAUCAACCAAACCAACCGCGAGAAAAAGGCGCAACAAGCUCAGUUUUACGAAAGAGGGGAAGCAUUGAAAAAUCUUGCACCGGCACAUUCAAUGUUGAUACUGCAGCAGAUACGAGACCUCCAGAAGCUACAAGACGAGGAAGCGAAAAAACUUGGCUCGCUUUUUGUGGUCGAACCCGGGGCUGACCGUGAUCUGGAACAAGAAAAACGGCUUGGAUUGCUUUGGAGUGCGAAAAGCGCCCUUCACAAGCGUGCGGUACAGAUACAAGGCGAGAUGCAACCGCUGCGUGAUUCAAGGGCUCGUAAGGAGCGACUUGGCACAGUUCUGAAAGAAAAAAUAUUCGAAGCACUUGGACGUCGUAAGAAGACGGUUACCAACAUCCUCAAGACUUUUUGCGAUCGCCGGACCGACUACCUGAAAAAGCAUGCACCUGACCAGCUGAGUCUACCUGAAAACCAACCAAUCACUUAUGAAGAAUUCACCCAGCUGCGACUCGACGACCCCUUCUGGAAUGACACCUACUUGUCCUUGUCAAAAGACCCUUGGGCGGUGGAUCCAUCUGUUCGAACUGGAAUCCACGCUGUUUUACGAUUGGAUCGCGCUUUAGAAGAACAAGUACAGCUGAAAAAUGAGCUGCGACGAUAUACUGCCGACCAAAAACUCAAGAAUGUAAUGCAAGAUGCGUUUGGGGCAGUUUCGUACGAGAUUCAAAAAAUUACAAGCAAUCAUUUGGAAACAGUUCAGAAGGAGCACGAGGACGUCUUGCUAAAUUGGCAACCGGUAGUCGAAGAAAUCCUUGCGAUGGGUCUCGUGUCUCGAAGUUAUUUACCUGCUGAGUGGUUUGCUUUGGUUGUAUUCCUGAGGCAGAACAAACAGUCCUCACAAGCCGAUGUCGAUCUCCUCUUGGAAGAGACUAUACUCGAUGCCCAAGACUCGGACGGAGAGUCCGAGAAAGACGAUGAUGUAGUCAACACAGGCUCAAGGGGUUUAGAACAUGUCCCGCCAGAAAAUGAUGACAUCGACAGCGAGCCUGGUGAUUCCUAA